AAAAAAAAAAAAAAAAUUGGUCCAUAAACCCUUACAGAUAUCAUUGCAGCUGUUCUUCAUCCCCGACGAAAUGAUGCUUCUUCAAUCCACACUUUCGCAAUCUCCUCUUCAGAAUCAUCGUCAUGUAUCUCUUUCAUCCUCAACUUCAUCUUCUACUUUUCGCAGUUUCGUCUACCUUCAAGGAGUUACGAACCUCAAGUUUCCACUCAUUAGCUGUAAGAUAUCGGAGGACGGAAGCCAAGGAGCGGUAGUUGAUUACGAGAAGAGGUCUCAGAUGAAUUGGAAUAGAGUAUACAAGAGAUUGUCUCUUUCUGAAGAUCCAAACACAGGUGCUGCCACUGUGUUGAAUCAGUGUGAGAAAGAAGGGAAAAAUCUCACCAAAUGGGCACUUUCUAGGAUCGUUAAGGAGUUGAGGAGAUUCAGGAAGUAUAAGUUAGCUCUUGAGGUUUACGAUUGGACAAAUGAACGAGAAGAGAGAUUCAGAACAACCACUAGUGACACUGCUAUUCAAUUAGAUCUAAUAUCAAAAGUUCAUGGAGUAUCAAGCGCUGAAGAUUACUUUCAAAAGUUGCCAACUAGCUUAAAGGACAAGCGAACCUAUGGCUCUCUCCUAAAUGUCUAUGGGAAGGCAAAGCUGAAAGAUAAAGCCGAGUCAUUGUUAAACGAAAUGAGAACUAAGGGUUUCACAGUCCACUCGCUUCAUAUGAACGUAAUGAUGACUCUCUAUAUGAGCAUGAGAGAAUACGAUAAAGUAGACACAAUCAUCUCCGAAAUGAAGUCGAAAAGCAUACCUUUGGAUUUAUAUUCCUAUAACAUAUGGCUAUCAUCAUUAGGAUCAAGAGAAUCAAUUGAGGGCGUAGAACGAGUUUUCAACGAAAUGCAACAGGACGCUUUAACUAAUGGAAACUGGACCACUUUCAGCACCAUGGCCACCACCUAUAUUAAGCUCGGCCAAUUGGAGAAAGCAUGCGAGUGCUUAAAGGAGGUAGAGAGCCGAAUCUCAGCCAGAGACAGAAUUCCUUACCAUUAUCUAAUAAGUUUGUACGGAACUAUGGGGAACAAGGAGGAAGUUCAACGAGUAUGGAGCCUUUACAAUUCAAUCUUUCCUACCAUCACAAACUUGGGUUACCUCACGAUGAUAUCGUCUUUGACUCGCCUCGGCGAUAUCGAACAGGCUCAAAAGAUUUACGAGGAAUGGCUAUUGGUUAAAACGUUUUACGAUCCUAGAAUUUCCAACAUACUUAUUGGUUGGUACGCGAGGAAUGGAUUUUUCGAAAAAGCUGAGGAAUUGUUUAGCCAGAUGACAGAAACGGGCGGGAAACCGAAUGCUGCAUCGUGGGAGGUUCUCGCGGAAGGUCAUGUAAAAGAGAAGAGGAUUUCGUCUGCAUUGUCUUGUUUAAAGGAGGCUGUUGUUUUAGCGGAAGGUUCGAGUAAUUGGAAGCCGAAGCCCACGAUUAUAUCAGCUUUUCUCGAGCUUUGUGAGGAAGAAGGAGAUAUGGUUAGUAAGGAACGGUUGGUUGAGGAGGUGCUGAGGAUAGCUAAUUGUUUGGAGGAUGCCGGUUAUAUGUCUCAUAUUUCUUUAACCAAAGUAGUUGAAACCGGGGCGGGUACAAUCGAUGAUUAUGAACUUAAAGUUGAAGUUGAAGCGGAAGCGGAAGACAUUUCUACUCAACUUGAAGGUAUCAUCUCGUAAAUUUCUCAUUUCUGUAGAUCCAAUAUGACUGAAAAUGAGUUGGAACACAAUUUUCGGCGCUUAUCUUGAUGAUUUAGUUUCUUUUUGUUGGGAAAUUAACGCAAGUUAACUCGAAUCAAUUCAUUUAAGUUUAGUGUUGUUGUGGUAAAAUAUAAAUUUUGAAAUGGGCUUAAAACUUUUAUUUUGAGAACAUGUUGGGACAUGGUACUUGGGGGGUUCAUCCCUUCAUGAUGAAAGGUCAUAUUGUAAGCUUUUUGAGAGAGGGGCAUCAAUUUGGAUGGACUAGUCAUUCAUUCAUUUUUGUGGGGCUUACAACUUUUAUUUGUUCUAUUAAUGGCAAUAUUUUGUAAUCAUA